AAUAAACGUAAACACUGGGCGUCUGUGCCCAUGGAGUCUGAUCUGAUUGUCGUAUGUCACACCGAUCACACGUUAUAAAAGAGUAUGGCUAAUGAAGACAAAUAUCGACUAGACAGAUCAACAGAUGAAACAUCAUAUGAAGCACCUAAGGGUCGUACGUUGGCAAUCAUCAUAGGCGUUAUCGUUCUCAUUGUCUGCGUCAUUGUCGUCUCUGUGACAAUAUCUGUGGUCGCCGCCAGUUCUAAAGGCAAAUCACAACAAGAUAUUAUAACUGUGGUACCGGGAACUGCGACCACAGUGAAAACGGGGACAAUCAAUACUAUGUCGAAGUUGACAACAGUGACGCCGACCACACAGCCGAUACCACGAUCACCACUGCGUCUGUUUGGAGGCAAUGAUACACAGGGCGGUGUGGAAGUGUGGCAGAACGAUCAAUGGAUUGCAAUAUGUGGACUUAGAACAGAUUUCACAUACGCGGAGGCCAAGGUUAUUUGCAGACAUUUGGACAUCAGGGGCGGUGCGUCACCUCGCUACAACAGUCAUUUUGGUCAUGGUUCAGCAACCUCCUCUUUCGUGCUGAAGAAUCUGCAUUGCCAUGGUAACGAGCAGACCAUUGACCAGUGUGAAUGGACAAUAUCUCAGGACGUGUCAUGUCUUCAAUAUUUCACUGUUGGAGUCGUGUGUGGAAUAAGAGCAGACUCGUUAGCCGUACGAUACGAACAAGGCAAUUUGACAAAGGGUGGAUAUAUACAGGUGUUUCGCGGUGCAUCAUGGGAUACAUUAUUGCUACAGGGUUGGCAUGAAUCAUGGGAUACGAGUAGGUUCUUUUCUACCGCCGUAGUUGCUUGUCACCAACUCGGUCACGGGAGAGAUGUACAGUAUAUCUACCAAGAACCAAAGUACCUUGGACCGCGUUAUCUGCAAAUGGUUUGCCAUGGUACAGAGUCUUCUCUUGCCGAAUGUAUCGAUGACGGUUAUACCGACUUUUACACACAAUUUCCGAUGACUGUUGAAUGUGAUUAUAUUGUGGAGCAAUUUGAUCUACGAUUGAUGGAUGGGAUUGGUGACUUUGAAGGGGGCGUAGCCAUAUCCGCAAAUGGAGUAGAUGGCCUUUUAUGUUAUGAAGACAUGAAAAAUCCCACCAGAGUGCCAAAUGUCAUUUGCACGGAGCUAGAUCUAGGCGGAGACCCUUCCUCAUCCGUGAACUACUUGACAAAUUUCAAUCAAGAUAUGCAGACCACCGACAUCUUAGCAAUGUUUCUGGUUCGUGAUUGGUCAUGUAAAGGUUCAGAGUCAAACAUCCGGGAAUGCAGUACACUAGGUUUUAUAGAGGGCACCCUCCAGGAGUGGAACUACCCGUGUGUCCAGCCGAGGCUAGUGUGUAAUCUUACAUCAAUAGAUAUCCGAUUAGUAAAUGGACGGAACGUGAAAGAGGGAAAAGUAGAAGUGUCAAUGAAUAGAUUACCAUGGAUGGGUAUGGUGGCUGUUGCCGGUUCGUCAUCAAACUUCCCGAUUGUCGGUGUCAUAUGCAGAGAACUGGGUUAUCAACAUGAAGCUAUGAGAGUUCAGUACCAAUUUGGUGAUGGCACCCUGGAACGCCGUCAAUUUAACUGCGAUGGUGAUGAGACCGCCCUCAUACAGUGCAGUGAUGCAGGAAUGGCUACGUGGGGCAGUGGUCAGUCGAUAAAUGAUUUACAAGUGGUGUGUAACGUCAAUAUGAGCACAUUCGACGUCCGUCUAGUUGGAGGAAGUACAGCCAAUGAAGGAAGACUUGAAGUAUCGCUCGAGGACAUAUGGGGCACGGUUUGCCACACCUAUGGAUUUGGACAUGAAGAAGCCGUUGUUGUUUGUAAAGAGCUGGGGUUUGGAUAUAGUAGCCCACAGGUAGUGUAUGCAAGGACGGACUUCGGAGUAGGAACUGCAGACAUAUUAAUGCAAUCUGUGAAUUGCCAUGGCAAUGAAACCUCAUUGGCACAGUGCGACCACAACGGAUGGGGAUUUACGUCCUGUCAACACAGCACUGAUGUUGGAUUGAUUUGCCUGUAAUACGGCGACACCAAGACACGCAACGAAUUCGAACGACUAGCCAUUGCUUUAAAAAUGUUAUAUCGUGAGACUUCUUAUAUAUAUAAAAAUAUAUAUAUCUUUA